AUGAAGAGAGAAAGAUUUAUUUCAUAAAGUAAUUAUAUAAAGAUUGUUACUUGUUAAUAAUCCUAUUAUUAAAAAAAAAUGAUAAUUAAAGAGGAUUUAAAAUAGUUUGACACUUAAUCAUAGAUAAUAUCAAACAAAGAGUUGUAUUUAUAGGCUACAGAUAUACUUAUUCUGAAAUUCAAAAGAACCUAAACCUAUAUCUAGGACUUGAAAAUUAACAUAAUUUUUGAUGAAUGUAGAUCCUAACUUCAGAUGUAGUUAUUAGAAAAAUAACAAAAUUAACAACAGGACUGUGAUAUUCCAAUUAAUCAUAUCCUAAAAAGAUCUAAAGAAGAAAAAAAAUAAUCUUAGAACUUGUCGUCAAGCAUAUUUUCUAAGUGUUCUGUUUGUCAGAAUAAGAUCUUAUCAGAAGCUGGAUUGGGAGAUAAUUUGAAAAAGAAGAGAAAAAUAUGAUUUAAUAUAAUAUAAUUAUUGAUUAAAUUGAUUAUUAAUAAUAC